AUCCUUUUAACUAGACUCGUUUUUGCCAUAGCCAUCGUUUCUCUUCUUCUUUUUUGGUUUCAAUCAUUUUUCUUGACAAUGGAAGUGCCUGAAAGGCGAGACGAUACGGCGAGUAUUGGGACUGAAAGGAUGGCUGGAACUGUUAGUUGGGGCACGGCAACGGUCAUUGGAGUAUUUGCUGGAAUGUUAUAUGGAGGUAGCAAGGAGGCCUCUGCUUCUGUUAGCAAAGAUGCCGAGGUAAUGCUGAAGCUUGGAAGCACUCCUGAUAAGCGUGAACAAUAUCGACUUAUGAGAGAUGCAAUGGAGAAAAGGUUUAUUCGAGUUACUCGUGGUUCAAUUGUUGGCGGAGUUCGUCUUGGGAUGUUUACUGCUGCCUUUUGUGGUUUGCAAGACAUACUUGCUGAGAAGCGAGGUGUAUAUGAUUUGUAUAAUGUGGUUGGAGCAGGUUCUGCCACGGCUGCUACAUUUGGUUUAAUAUUGCCUGGUUCACUUCGUUGGCGCCUGAGAAAUGCGAUGUUGGGCUCGGUAUUAGGUGCUGCAAUCUGCUUACCUCUAGGGUGGAUUCAGCUGAAGCUUGUAGAGAAAGCAAAUGAAGGGAAUUUGUCUACUGCCAAAGUUCGUGAUACUGCCCAUGGGCCAUGAGAAGAGCAAUAUUGGCCCUGCAGCUGAGCUGAGAAGCUUCAACGGAACUUAAAAAAAUAGGACAUAGGUGAUAGCACUGUAAUGGCAACGAUAUUUUACAUCAAUAUUGAAGCACUUCAUGCAUGUGGAUAAUGUUUUCCAUUUGCACGGGGGUGGUUUUGACAUAUUUCAGAUUCUCAUUUUUUGGCAGAUCAUGGUAGAUAAGCUAUUUCAUUGAUUUCACCCAACUUGAUAAAGUAGGAUCAUGAUAUGUUGUAUUUUGGGACCUUUGCACGACUUUCUAACGACUGAUGAAAUUUUUGCUGUUAUAUUUUUCAUUUUAA